CGGGACGCCCAUGCGCAAUGUGGAGUCGCCACAGCAACGAGAAAGAGGAAGAGAAGAGCUUGUUGAUCCCUGGGAGGACGUCCCGAGAGGAAGACGUCCACCUUGAUGUCGGCUCUGCUGUGUCGCCUGGUGUCCGGUCUGUCCGGGACGUGGCUGCUGUUUCCACGCAAGCCGCUGGCGUGGUCGUCUAUUUCCAGCGCCGGGAAAAAAGUCUGUCUGAACCUCCCGGUCGUCAACGAAGACGAGCUGGAGGAGCAGUUUGUAAGGGGCCACGGUCCUGGGGGACAGGCUACCAAUAAAACCAGUAACUGCGUGGUGCUGAAGCACGUCCCGUCUGGUAUCGUGGUGAAGUGUCACCAGACCCGGUCGGUAGAGGUCAACAGAAAGCGAGCUCGCGAGAUCCUGCAGGAGAAGCUCGACGUCUUCUACAGAGGAGCAGACGGGGAGGUCCUGCAGCAGAAGAAGGAGACCGAGCGGAAGAAGCAGGAGAAAAGGAGGAAGGCAAAGGACACUUUGGAAAAGAAGAAACAGUUCAAGGAAAGUCUACUGACAGACUUAAAAGGAGAAGAGACUGGGACAUGAUUUCAGUGACAUUUGAAGACUUAACUCUGUGAUGCAGUUCAGUGCCUCUUUCCAAGUGUUUUAUUUUCUUGCUUGAUAAAUUAAAUGGAUUUUUUUCUCUUAAA